AUGCCUAUAGCGCCUGCCUCUCCUUCGGCGGCUGUGUUUGCUACGAUUAGCAGACAGAAACACACCCACAUUCACUCGGCGGUUGGCUUGAUUGACGAAUCUGCCUCAAAGUCUGCACAGGUAACUUCUGAAUUUGAUGCUGAGCGGCGCGAUGUUUUCAACUUCAUCCCUCCGGUCGGAAGAAAAGUGAAACAAACCCCCAGCUGCCCGUAG